AUUCCACACUAAGACCGUGAGCCUCCAUCCCUAUCCCCUACAGAAAUUCUGUUGGGACAGUUGAGUGACACACAGAAAACCCCAUCGCCCAUGGCUUCUCUUCUCUCCUUCCUCUCAACCACACUAAUCCCACAUCCCAAAUUUACUUCUUUUGUACAUGGAAACCCAAGAAAUAUCAAGAAAAACACAUUCCCCUUGCAAUUACUCAGAAUUCCUCUAAAAAGCAUGGUGGGUAAUCGACCGCUGGUGGUUCUGAGCCGAGCUGUUGCGCCCACACGGGUUAUUACUACCGAGAGGCUUCGGCUGGACAACCUGGGGCCGCAGCCGGGGUCGAGAAAGAACAGGAAGAGAAAGGGAAGGGGUCACGCGGCGGGGCAAGGAGGGAGUUGUGGGUUUGGGAUGAGGGGUCAGAAAUCGAGGUCCGGUCCCGGCGCCCGAAUCGGGUUCGAAGGCGGACAGACUGCGCUGUACCGUCGAAUUCCCAAGUUGCGAGGGAUUGCUGGAGGAAUGCGUGCUGGUUUACCAAAGUAUGUCCCGGUGAACUUGAAAGACAUAGAAGCUGCAGGAUUUCGAGAAGGUGAAGAGGUAUCACUGGAGUCAUUGAAGACGAAGGGUUUAAUAAAUCCAUCGGGAAGAGAAAGGAGACUCCCUUUAAAGAUUCUUGGUGACGGAGAACUAAGCGUGAAGCUGAACUUUAAGGCCCGUGCCUUCUCAGCAUCAGCAAAGGAGAAGCUUGAGGCCUCUGGUUGUUCCUUGACCGUACUACCCGGGCGAAAAAAGUGGGUAAAACCAUCAGUUGCUAAAAACCUUGCGCGUGCUGAUGAGUACUUUGCCAAGAAAAGAGCUGCAGCUGCAGCUGAAUCAGCUGGCCAAUCCUCUGCUUGAGCUACAUGUAUCGGCAACACAAUUGAAUGUUGUUGUACUGGCAUGUGCUUUUGAGAGUUUUCGGGUUUCCAGAAGGUAAACUACUUAUCUUUCAUUAGAUCCCAGUAGGUUAUUCUGUUGAUUCCUUUAAACUUCUGAAGUGGUCAAGGGGUUGAUAAUGCAAUCUACGAGUCUCUGAUUGGAUAAAA